AUGGAGGAGACUUACGAGAAGAAGUUCCGGGCCUUGAAACGCCCGCGGCCUUUGUGGCAACGUGUGGUGCUGCAAACUCCGCCUAUUCGGCUCCUGCGGUGCCUGCUCAUCCGAGCAUUUUUCGAUCACUGGUAUCAGAAGACUGAGGUCACGACAGACGAGUGGGAGGCCCGACGCCCUCGCAGAUCAUACAAGGCCAUGCUUGCCUCCUUGGGAGCUGAGGACAUCCUCAAACAGCCCGUCGAACUUUGCUGGAAGGAGCUCAACAGACCAAACUCCUCCAAGUACAGGCACCACCGCAAGACCACUGUGGAGGCCGUCCUCCAGGGCCGUAUUAACUGGUCUUCGACGGACCGAGCUACAUUGUUGAUUAGGGCCAUGCUGGAAAAGGUGCCUUUGCGCGACGGCCAGCAAAGGCACAUGGCCGUCGUCCUCGGUCGAUUCUCUUCGGUAGCCUUCGUCCAGCGUCUCCAGGAGGAACUUCCGAUGCCACGCAUUCGCAGGCAGGACUUCAUGCCAGCCAUUCAGAAGCUUAUCCGUAACACACCGGAUUUGUCCAGCUUGCUAUCCAAGCAGUUCUAUGCUGCUGAGCGGAACACAGUGGCCAAGAUGAGUCGGAAGAAGGCGCAAGGCUGGUUCGAGGCACAGGUAAAACACUGCAAAGCGGUCUCGGAAAGGCUCGGAAAGACCCCGUGGAAGGAUCAUGCUGCCCUUUUGGCGGCAGCGUUUGGCCGUUUCGUCGGCAAGAAUGUCCAGUCUGUGCUGCACAUGCAGAAUAUGACCGGCUCCAAACUGUUGCUCUGUGGCCCCGGGGCCCUAAAGUUCUACUGGGACGUUCAGGGCAUGAACCGGCAUGCCCUCAACCUGGCUGCGGGUCCGGCUGGGCUGGAGCAAGGCAGCGCAUUCAUCAUGCAGGCUUCCAAGCACUUCCGACAGCUUAUGAAGGUCGACAUGCCGGAACUCUUCAAUAGCAGAGCGCAAUCUUGGCUGUCGGAGUAUCCAGCCCUGCUACAGCAUCUGAAAAGCUGGCUUUCCGAGGACGAUUUUCCCUGGGAUGGGAUGACGACCCAGUUCUGCCUCUGCGAGCUUUCUCGCAUGCAGAAGCGCAUCUUCGACAGGGGUGCAGAUGUCGAGGACGAGGACGAGGAAUUAGAGGAGGAGCCGGAAGACUGA